AUGAUCGAACGGUGGACUUUGGUAUUCUUAUUAUUUUUAUCGGAAGUUUCUGGUUCCUACCAGAAUAGGAACCCUAAAUUUCCUCCACUUAAUUUAUACAUCGGCACAGAUGGUGACGGUUUCGGUGCAGGUUCAUUGCCAUUGGGAGUUCAAAGUCCAUAUGGUGCUCUUCGUCUAGGGGCUGAUACAAGUAAUACUCUAGAUAUUCCAAUCAUAUUCGAUCACUUAGGUGGCUAUCAUUAUUCUGAUACACACAUCAAUCUCUUUUCGCAUACACAUAUGUUUGGAGCUGGUGUACAAGAUUAUGGAGAAGUUGGAAUCAUGCCUGUUCAAAUUACGAAUAAUAAAGAGCUACAAAAGAUGAUUUCUAAAGAAAACGGAUAUCGUAGUGCCUUCCGUCAUGAGAAUGAGAUAGUUGAACCAGGUUACUACAAAGUUCAGCUUGAUACACAUAAGAUCAAUGUCGAACUAACGGCCACGGAACAAGUUGGUGUUCAUCGUUAUUCGUAUGAUCGUAUAAAAAAUAAACAACCUGCCAUUCUUGUCCAUAGCAGUUAUACCUUACAGAAAGGCGCAUGCAAUCAUAGUCAAAUCAAAAUCGAUUCCGCUAAUCAUGAGAUAACAGGUUCGAUUCACUUUCGGGGUUCACUUUCAGGACGAUUUGGUGGUGUAACGACUUACUUUGUAAUUACAUUGAGUAAUUGGGGUAAAUUUGGUACAUGGAGUAAUGGAAAAAUUACAGAAGGACAAACAGAAGUUGAUGGAUGCUCAACGGGUGCAUAUUUCAUUUUGCCCGACGAAGAAACUCAAGCAACAAUGUAUGUUGGAAUCAGUUUUGUUUCCCUUGAUCAAGCGCGUACGAAUCUGAAAGUUCAAACCAAUAUGUUCCAAUCAUUUGAUGAAAUUCGAGCUAUUGUUCAACAAAAGUGGCUGGAUGAAUUAGGGCGGUUUGAAGUAAGUGCGCCAUGGGAUUCUGACGCUGAAGUCAAAUUUAAUACAGCUCUUGUUCAUUCAUUAUCAAGUCCAACACAAUGGGACGAAUCCAAUGGUGUUUACCUUGGUUUUGAUGGGCAAAUUCGUACCAAACCUGAUUAUAUGCAACAUAUCUAUACCGAUCUCUCGAUCUGGGACGUAUUUCGUACUCAAAUUCCAUUCAUUAUCUUUCACGAUGUACAACGUGGUAGGGAUAUCAUCUACUCAAUCAUGCUCAUUGUUGCACAAGGUGGAGAUUUACCUAAAUGGCCAUUUGCCAAUGGUUACACAGGCUGCAUGAUUGGUUCACAUGCCGAUAUCUUGAUAAGUGAUUUAGUAAUGAAGAAAGAACAUGAUAAUAAUUUAAAUUUCACUCAAGUUAUCCAAUCGUUAAGGAAAGUAGCUAAUCAAAAUCAGAUUCAUGACAGUCGAUUUGAUCCAUCAACAUACAUUCAAUAUAAAUAUGUGCCAUAUGAUAUGGAUCAACAUUCUGCACCACUAACCUUGAGUUAUGCAUACGAUGACUGGGCUAUCGGAAAUGUCCUUAAUGCAGCUGGUUUAGCUGACGAGGCUAAGGAAUAUUACCAACGAUCAACAUGGUUCGAGAACGUUUUUGAUCCUAAGACGAAGUUUUUCUGUCCAAAGAAUAAAACUGGUGUUUUCCAUUGUCCCGCGAAUGCACUAGAAUUUCUCGAUCCAUUUGAUAACAGAUACGUCGAAGGUGAUGCUUGGCAUUAUCGAUUCUUCGUACCACAUAACACGCCACGUUUGAUCGAACUAUUUGGUGGAAAAGAAAACUUUCUUCAACAAUUGAACAUAUUUUUCGAGCGUGGGCAACCAUGGACCGAUACACUAUUACCUAAUCCAUAUUAUUGGCCAGGAAAUGAACAUGAUCUUUUCUCUGUUUGGCAAUUUAACUACGUUAAUCGAUCGGAUCUGACACAGAAGUAUUCCCGAUGGUUAUUAAAUCAUGCUUAUACAAAUCAACCGAACGGAUUACCUGGUAAUGAUGAUUACGGAACGAUGUCAGCUUGGUAUAUCUUUACUAGUAUGGGUUUCUAUCCUCUAUCUGGCUCAUCAACGUAUUUAAUUGGCAGUCCGACAUUUGAUCGAAUCAAAGUCUCUCGUAAUCAAGGUAGAUGCAAUCUUCUUAUCAAUGUUCAUGAGAAUUCUCCGAGUAAUAUAUAUGUUCAACGCAUUUUAUUGAAUGGUGAACCUUUAACAACCUUUCCAUUCAUCGAUCAUAUAAAUCAUUUGAAAUGCACGAAUGCAAAUCAAUCAACUGUUCAAUUGGAUAUUUUUAUGUCACCAACUUCUGUGUUUUCUCUUGAUAAAUAA